UUUUGCUGAAUCAGCCAGGCUACUAGUUCCUAUUUAAUAAUUCUCUUUCCAGUCAACUAGUGAAGAGUAACAACUCCACGUUGUUUUUAUUGUCUUUAUAUCUCCAAUAACCGGGUGUCCUUUGUGCUACUGAACCUCCAAAAAAUGGAAAGGUACAAGAUAAUUAAGGAAGUUGGUAAUGGUACAUUUGGGAGUGUGUGGCGAGCUUUGAAUAAACAGACUGGUGAAGUGGUUGCAAUUAAAAAAAUGAAGAAGAAGUAUUAUUCAUGGGAAGAAUGCAUAAACUUGAGAGAAGUCAAGUCAUUGAGGAAAAUGAUCCAUCCAAAUAUCGUUAAGCUCAAAGAAGUGAUUAGGGAGAAUGACAUUUUGUACUUUGUGUUCGAAUACAUGGAGUGCAACUUAUAUCACCUUAUGAAGGACAGGCCUAAGCUUUUCUUAGAAUCAGAAGUGAGAAACUGGUGCUUCCAAAUAAUUCAAGGUCUUGCAUACAUGCAUCAACGAGGAUAUUUUCAUCGCGACCUUAAGCCAGAGAACUUGUUGGUUUCAAAAGAUACAAUAAAAAUUGCUGAUUUCGGUCUUGCUCGGGAGAUCAAUUCUCAGCCCCCAUAUACGGAAUAUGUCUCAACUCGCUGGUAUCGUGCCCCUGAAGUUCUUCUACAGUCACCUAUCUAUGGUCCCGCUGUCGAUAUGUGGGCAAUGGGUGCAAUAAUGGCUGAGCUAUUAACUCUUCGUCCUCUAUUCCCGGGUUCAAGUGAAGCAGAUGAGAUCUACAAAAUAUGCAGUGUUAUAGGUAGUCCAUCAAAGAGUGAAUGGGCUCAUGGGCACGAACUUGCAAAUUCUAUCAACUACCAGUUUCCGCAGAUCGCUGGUGUAAAUCUUUCUUUGUUACUCCCAUCUGCCAGUGAGGAUGCAGUUAAUCUAAUCACUUUGCUUUGUUCGUGGGACCCUUGCAAGAGGCCAACAGCAGUUGAAGUUCUUCAGCACCGUUUCUUUCAGAGUUGCUUUUAUAUACCUCCAUCACUACGUUCUAAGGCUGCUGUUGCUAGGACGCCUCCAUCUGCUGGAAUGAAGGGUGCCAUGGAGCAGAAAACCAAUAGGUGGUCAUCUGGUACAAUAACCAACUCAAAACCUCGUAGCAACUUCUCUCCUGUCAAGUCGCAAUUUAGCGCAGGUGUCCAAAGGAAGUUGCAACUGAAUUAUCAGGAUGCAACGAAGAACGAUAAAUCCCUAAAAGGCUCUAUUAAGCAGCCAGCAAAGUAUCGUCCUCCUGCAAGGAAUGCUCCUGUUGUUGGUUCUGCAGUGAAGACUCGUGCAGUCUCUGAUGCUGCUGAGAAGCUUGCCAACAUGAGCAUUGGCUCUGCUAGGGCGCCUAUAAAGCAUCCAUUGCCUCAGCCUAUGAAGGCCGGAGGGUUGCAUCCAUUGCCUCAACCUAUGAAGGCAGGAGGGUUGCAUGGGCCGCGUGACGUGUUCCUGGGACGAUCUCAAGAUAUUAUGCCUGGAAGAAGCUAUUCGAGGAAAAUCGCAGGAUGAAGAGAUGGUCAGUCGUACCCGGGGUGUGUUUUCUUGUGAUGGUGUUUUCUAGUAAUGGUGUUGUGUGCCUGACUACAUCUGGAUAAGUUUGGUGAGAAGCAGUUUAUGUAUGUUAUGUCAGUUUGUUUCCUUCCGGUGAUACAGUAGAAUGUUGGGAACUGCGUGUUAAAUAAACGUUGUGGUUGUGUUUGAAAUAGAUUUCUCUGACCAACAUUUGCUAUAAAUAAAUGGUGUGAUGGUGUUUUAAAUAGUA